UCCCCAUGCCUCUGUUCCUCCUCCUCUUACUUAUCUUGCUCCUGCUGCUCGAGGACGCCGGAGCCCAGCAAGGUGAUGGAUGUGGACAUACUGUACUAGGCCCUGAAAGUGGAACCCUGACGUCCAUAAAUUACCCACAGACCUAUCCUAACAGCACUGUUUGCGAAUGGGAGAUCCGUGUAAAGAUGGGAGAGCGAGUGCGCAUCAAAUUUGGUGACUUUGACAUUGAAGAUUCUGAUUCUUGUCACUUUAAUUACUUGAGAAUUUAUAAUGGAAUUGGAGUUGGCAGAACCGAAAUAGGCAAAUACUGCGGUCUGGGGUUGCAAAUGAACCAUUCAAUUGAAUCAAAAAGCAAUGAAAUUACAGUGCUGUUCAUGAGUGGAAUUCAUGUUUCUGGACGAGGAUUUUUGGCUUCAUACUCGGUUAUAGAUAAGCAAGAUCUAAUUACUUGUUUAGACACUGCAUCCAGUUUUUUGGAACCUGAGUUCAGCAAAUACUGCCCAGCUGGUUGUCUGCUUCCUUUUGCUGAGAUAUCUGGAACAAUCCCUCAUGGAUAUAGAGAUUCCUCACCAUUGUGCAUGGCUGGUGUGCAUGCAGGCGUAGUGUCAAACAUUUUGGGUGGCCGGAUUAGUGUCGUAAUUAGUAAAGGCAUCCCGUACUAUGAAAGUUCUUUGGCUAACAACGUAACGUCUGUGGUGGGACACUUAUCUACAAGUCUUUUUACAUUUAAGACAAGUGGUUGUUAUGGAACACUGGGCAUGGAAUCUGGCGUGAUCGCCGAUGCUCAAAUAACGGCAUCAUCUGUGCUGGAGUGGACGGACCACACAGGGCAAGAGAACAGCUGGAAACCCGAAAAGGCCAGGCUGAAAAAACCUGGACCUCCUUGGGCCGCUUUUGCCACUGAUGAGUAUCAGUGGUUGCAAAUAGAUCUGAAUAAGGAAAAGAAGAUCACAGGCAUUGUAACCACCGGCUCCACCAUGGUGGAGCACAAUUACUAUGUGUCAGCCUACAGAAUUCUGUACAGUGAUGAUGGGCAGAGAUGGACUGUGUACAGAGAGCCUGGUGUGGAGCAGGAUAAGAUAUUUCAAGGAAACAAAGAUUAUCACCAGGAUGUGCGUAAUAACUUUUUGCCACCAAUUAUUGCACGUUUUAUUAGAGUGAAUCCUACCCAAUGGCAGCAGAAAAUUGCCAUGAAAGUGGAACUGCUUGGAUGUCAGUUUAUUCCUAAAGGUCGUCCUCCAAAACUUACUCAGCCUCCACCUCCUCGGAGCAGCAGUGACCUCAAAAACACUACAGCCCCUCCAAAAAUAGCCAAAGGUCGUGCCCCCAAAUUUACUCAACCACUACAACCUCGAAGUAGCAAUGAAUUUCCUGCACACACAGAGCAAACAACUGCCACUCCUGAAAUCAAAAAUACCACCAUAACUCCAAAUGUAACCAAAGAUGUAGCCUUGGCCGCCGUCCUUGUCCCUGUGCUGGUCAUGGUCCUUACCACUCUCAUUCUCAUACUAGUGUGUGCUUGGCAUUGGAGAAACAGAAAGAAAAAAGCUGAAGGCACCUAUGACUUACCUUACUGGGACCGCGCAGCUUUCUAUGUAAUGGUCUCUUUUGCUUACGAUCACAAUGAAGGUUGGUGGAAAGGAAUGAAGCAGUUUCUUCCUGCCAAAUCAGUGGAGCACGAGGAAACCCCAGUUCGCUACAGCAGUAGUGAAGUGAAUCACUUGAGUCCUAGAGAAGUCACCACGGUGCUGCAGGCUGACUCUGCAGAGUAUGCACAGCCACUUGUGGGAGGAAUUGUUGGCACACUCCAUCAGAGAUCUACCUUUAAACCAGAGGAAGGCAAAGAAGCAGGCUAUGCUGACCUAGACCCUUACAGCUCCCCUGUGCAGGAAGUCUAUCAUGCCUAUGCUGAACCACUCCCAGUUACUGGGCCCGAGUACGCAACCCCAAUUGUCAUGGAUAUGUCCGGGCACCCCACAGCUUCGGUUGGCCUGCCCUCAGCGUCCACUUUCAAAGCUGCAGGGAACCAACCUCCCCCUCUGGUGGGAACAUACAACACUCUUCUCUCCAGGACUGACAGCUGCUCCUCAGCCCAGGCCCAGUAUGAUACGCCGAAAGGUGGGAAGCCGGCUCCAAGUGCCCCAGACGAGUUGGUAUACCAAGUGCCACAGAGCACACAGGGGGUAUCAGGAGCAGGGAGGGCUGGCGAGUGUGGUGUUUCUAAAGAAACCCUUUGAAGGUGAUGCUGCCUUUUACAAAGCAUCAUUUUAAAGCACAUGGCCUUUUUUAAAUUGUAUUAGUGGUAGUAAUAUAUAGAACGUAUUACAUAUCUGUCACGGACGUGGUUGGGGGAAAUGUGAUGACCGAGGUACAGGAAACUACUAAUCUUGCCAUCUUGCUUUAAAAGUGUUACUGUAGCACAGUUACUGCUUGCCUAUUAAAUUUCAAAUAUCCUGUUUGUUACUACUGUAAAACACUAUUUUAUACAGAAAAAGCUCCCUACUAUGCACUUCAAAGAAACUAAAAAUCACUGAGAGUAUUUAUUACCAAUGCUGCAGUUACAUUGAUGAACUCGAGAUGGCUCUGUAAGCCUUUCUGGCAAUAACGCACGGUACUGUUAUAAAAUGUCUGAUGGCUUGAAAUUCUGCUCUUUGUGAAAGGUGGGUACUAUCAUGACUUCUUCCUCUUCUAUUCCUAUAUUGCUUUCUGAAUUUUUUUUAAAAAUAGUGGCAUAAUCCUUGUUUUGAUUGCAGUCAUAUAUACUUAUCCAUCUUUCCUUAGGAGGAGCUAUAGCUGGGAAACUGACCUGUAGUGAGCAGAGUGAUUUUUCACUUUCUGACACUCUAACGAGCUUUAACAUUUCAUAGUUCAUAACUUGGCCUCAUCCCUGCUUGCUCCACCUGGGGCCCUUGGUGGCCAGCCCCGUUCUUGUGUUUAUAAAUGCUUGAGUUUUUUCAGUGGGUGAUGCUUGCUUUAUCAACCUCAUUAUUUCAGAUCCCCUAAUGUUUCCAUGUGGAAACAGGAACAACUUUACAAAUUAAAAAAGCUGUAAAGGAGAUUCUUCGCCCCGAACUUUACUUGCAAUGGAAUUUUUCCUAGGAGAGUUGUGAAAAGUUGAGGGUUUCUAAAAGUGAACACUAAACAAUACCCACUUAUAUUUAUCAUGGUGAAAGGCAAAAUCAUGACUCCUCGGGAGUCAUAUAAAUUACCACUCCCCGCCGCCAAAAAAAGUAACCGAAUUUGUCCUCUUUGGUUUUAUGUAUACAGGUUAUUCUUUGAAUCUCAAGGUAAUUUGUUGUUUUUAGUUGAAUAAAGAAACACUUGUUUUCCACAGUAAACUACUAUAAGAAAUGUAAACCCAGCGUGUAUUCUUCAGCUCUGUGUGAUUAUGCCAUCUAUGUGGUAGGGGGUGCAGUCCUUUAUAUUAUACCUAGGGAACGAAUGUUUCAGCAUCCUAGCAAGGGAAAAUUCCUGUCUUGUUUUUGAUACCUCUGGGCAACUUCUUUGUCACCAUUUGCCCAGAACUAGUUUAAAUGACUGAAAUAGAAACCAUGUGCAGUUUAUUAGUGUUAGUGUAGAAACCAUCUUUAAAAGUUUUUAGACUGGUAAGAUGAUAUGGAAGCUGACCAUAUGAUUAAAAUAUAGAAACUUGGCAUCCCGUCUUCUAUCAAUAUAAACCUUAGUUUGCAGACUUAAUAUUGAAAUAUACUUCCCCAUCAGGUUCUAGUUGUUUCUUUUAGCCUGUGCCACCAGAUGAUGGCAGAAUAUGCUAAAUUUGACUAAUGAUGUACAGU